AUUAAUUAACUAAUAUUAAACAAUUGAGAGGUUGAACUUGAAAAUGAUUGACAAUUUAAAAGCCUUGAUCGUUUCGCCGUAUAUGCGAUAAGACGAUUCUCCCGAGUGUUUCUUCUGUACGUGAACUGCGGUUAUGCGAAUUGUGCGCGUGUUGGUUAGAUGGCGGACAUGCGCAUAUUCAUGGCAAUAGCGUGAGAGAAAAAUAUUUUGGCUUUCGGGGGCCUGAAAAACUUUUUUUAAACAUGCAUAGGUUAAAAUUUUCCCAGCGGGAUAAAGUAAGGAAAUUCAUAACUUUUACGCAAACGGAGGAGCAAACUGCCAUAUAUUGCUUGACACAGAAUGACUGGAAGCUAGACUUGGCGAGCGAUAACUUCUUUCAAAAUCCUGAAGCUUAUUACAAGGAAUCAAAGAAUUUUGUGGACAAAAAGAAACUUGAAAUACUUUACAAUAGAUAUCAAGAUCCAAAUGAAACAGAAAAAAUUACAGCAGAUGGAAUUAUGAAAUUUCUAGAUGAUUUAGGUCUUACUCCAGAAAGUAUAUUAGUUCUAAUUAUAGCUUGGAAGUUUAGAGCCGAAAUGCAAUGUGAAUUCACUAAGGAUGAAUUUAUGAAUGGCAUGACAGACUUAGGAGCUGAUAAUAUAGAUAAACUUAAAACAAGAUUAAAUAGUUUAGAAGGUGAAUUGAGAGAUCCCUUAAAAUUCAAAGACUUUUAUCAUUUUACAUUUAACUAUGCUAAAAAUCCUGGGCAAAAAGGACUUGAUUUAGAUAUGGCUAUUGCUUACUGGAACAUUGUGUUAAAAGAAAAAUUUCAGUUUUUACAAUUAUGGUGCCAGUUCUUGCAGGAACAGCAUAAAAGAUCAAUUCCCAAAGAUACGUGGAAUUUACUUUUGGACUUUGCUCUUGUGAUAAACCCAUCGAUGACUAACUACGACGAGGAAGGUGCCUGGCCCGUACUAAUCGACGAUUUUGUCGAGUGGGCGCAGCCACUGGUUCGUCAGUCUCUUUAAUGUCUCAUUGGUCGAGUCGCUAAUUUUAAUUUAAAAUCAUUAUUUAUUCAGUUGUCAGUUGAGCCAUUAACCACUGAAUGAUUAAAGAUUUAUCGGACAAAUUCGUUUUCUAAUCCUAAUCGCUGUUUGGCGAAUGAAAUAUUUUUUCAUAAGACAGUCCAAAAAUGAUCGAAAAAAUGAUAAACGGUAAACAAGUAAAAUGAAAAGAAGAAAAAAAAUUGUUGCUCUUUGACUAGCAAGAUCUCUUAGAUCACAAAGCUAUAUUAUUCUCUCUCUCUACUCUCUACUCU